AUGAAGCUUCCUUUCCUCUCCGGAGCGUUGCGCACAGCUUUUGCGCACACAGCUGCAUCUUCCGUAGCCCGCGGUGGUUCAUCGGACGGCCUGGUCAGAACGGAGUUGAAUUCCCUGUACCAGCGCGUGAGAGACGCAGCGGGCAAAUUCAAGUCUCCGAUGUUUAGGGAAUACUUCAUUCGACGGGCUGACGAAGACUUCAGGAGCAUGCAGGAGAGGCUGUCGUCUGCGAGCGCCGAGGAGGUCGAGCAGUUUAAAAAGCGCAUGGAGGCCCACUGCGCACUCCUGCAUCGCCAAACCGUUGUUGCGAAUCUGUACCAUACGGACCAGAUUGCCUAUCUGAAGUGA